AUGUUUGGUACACGUGCAAAAAUAGGCCUGAAAUCUACUUCUCUACCAGAAAGUAUCAUACAUAAACUCAAAUCUGAUGAAGAUUUAGAAACUGCACUGAAUUCUAUAAAUACCACAUAUGAAAUAAAUGCUGAGAAACACAUUGAAAAAAAAUCUAUUGAUACGUCUUCUGAAGAAAAUAUUGAUAUUGACGAAGAACCAGCUGAUAUUAUACAAUCAAGAAAGGAAACGAUAGAAAAAAAAAGAAGAGAAUCGUUGCAUAAUUUGAAUGUUCAAGCUUCAAAAAUGAAGACUAACUCAGAAAAUCGACUUCGUGAAGGCAAAAUUGGCGAAAGCGUUAAAAUUAGAAUACCUGAUGUUGAUAAAGCACGGAGUGAUCUGCGAUCCAUUUUAGGAGUCAUUAUGUCUGUAAAAAACAAUAAUUAUGAAAUUGGUACCACUGAAGGUAAACUUCAACAACUUUAUGCUAGAAAUCAAUUUGAAAUAUGCAAAGAGUCAUUUGUCCAGAUUGAAACAGUACCAACAACACCUCCGAUAUCAUUAAGAGAAGCAGCUAGAAAAUUUUCUAAUCUUGGCGGUCAAGGAUAUGACCGGUGUAACUGUAAACAGCAAUGCAAGACAAAUAAAUGUAAGUGUAGGGCUGCAGGUAGACUAUGUACUUCUAAAUGUCACGAUAGCUUAAGUUGCCAUAAUAAAUAA